AUGAGCGCAACACCAAAUCAAGACGCGUUUUACGCAGCACAGCACGAAGAGAUAAACAACACGUUCAUUGACGAGAAUGCCGACGAGGACGAGUUGUGUAGUCUGCUCGACCAAGCUUUGUCCGACCCAUUCCUGCCACGCUGGUAUCGCACCAAGUAUCACAUCAUCCGCGCAUGGUACGGCAACUCGGAGGAGAACAUCCAAGACGCAAAGGAGGGCAUGGAGGAUAUGCGCCAGGUGUAUAGAGUCGAGGAGAAGACAGAGGAGUGGAUCGCGGCGCGACUCUCGUCGCUACAGGAGAUGCUCGACCUCGUCGAGUCCUGCCUUGUAGACGCAGACGAGCCUGCGGAGCCCGCUGCAUCUCCCAACCACGCCACGUCUUCUGGCGAAGCUGCAGGGAGCGCCUCGAACACCCAAGACCAGUCGUCGCUCGGGCCGUCAAAGGUGUCAAGCGCAAGCGCACGGCAGAAGUCCACCCGGUGCCUGCCCAUCCAGCUCCUCCCGAUUCCAGUCAUCGUAUCCGCAAGUAGCCAAGCCGCAGAGUCAAGGUCUACCAGCCCGCCGAAUCCCACCAGUUGGGAUAUCGGCACGGAUGGAAAGGAAUGGUGA